UUAUAUUUUUCAGUAUUUAGUAGCAAGAUUAAUUCGCCGGAGAGGGCGCCGCCUUGGCGAUUCUCGAGCCUUCUUCCCUUUCUGGAUCCGAUGGAUUCUUCUCACCAGCAACAAUGGCAUCACCAACAAGGAUGGGUUGCCGCCGCCCCACCCACGGCUGCCACCGUCUCCCAUGGCUACCACCAGCCGACCACCCUGGAGGAGGUCCGCAGCCUGUGGAUCGGCGACCUCCAGUACUGGGUUGACGAGAACUAUCUCCACAGCUGCUUCUCCCACACCGGAGAGGUUAUGUCAGUAAAAAUCAUCCGCAAUAAGAUAACAGGGAUGCCUGAAGGGUAUGGGUUUAUAGAAUUUGUGACCCAUGCAGCUGCUGAGCGAAUUUUGCAAACAUAUAACGGAGCACAAAUGCCUGGCACAGAGCAGACUUUUAGGCUGAACUGGGCCUCCUUUGGUAUUGGAGAAAGGCGUCCCGAUGCUGGGCCAGAUCAUUCCAUUUUCGUUGGUGAUUUGGCCCCUGAUGUGACAGAUUAUUUAUUACAAGAGACAUUUCGGGUGACUUAUCCAUCAGUUAGAGGUGCCAAGGUUGUCACAGAUCCUAAUACAGGACGCUCAAAGGGUUAUGGCUUUGUCAAAUUUGCUGAUGAGAUUGAAAGAAAUCGUGCAAUGACUGAAAUGAAUGGCGUCUAUUGCUCCUCAAGGCCUAUGCGAAUAAGUGCUGCCACACCUAAGAAGGCUAUUGGUAUCCAGCCACAAUAUCCUGCUGCGAAAGCUUUAUAUCCAGCUACAACAUAUGCAGUGCCACAAUUACCACCUGUACCUCCUGAUAGUGAUAUCACAAACACAACAAUUUUUGUUGGCUGUUUGGACCCUAAUAUCACGGAAGAGGAAUUGAAACAAAUCUGUAUUCAGUUUGGUGAGAUUAUCUAUGUGAAAAUUCCAGCUGGUAAAGGAUGUGGCUUUGUACAAUUUGUAGCUAGGGCAUAUGCAGAGGAAGCCAUACAGAAGCUUCAUGGUACAAUGAUUGGUCAGCAAAUUGUGCGGCUUUCAUGGGGUAAAAGUCCAGCGAGUAAGCAGGACCCAUCCAUGGCAUGGAGUCAGCAAGCGGAUCCUACUCAGUGGGCAAGUGCCUAUUAUGGUUAUGGUUACGAUCCUUAUGCAUAUGGAGCUGCUCAGGACCCGUCCCUGUAUUCAUAUGGAGCAACUUAUCCUGGCUAUGGUCAAUAUCCUCAGCAGGUUGAGUGUGCCCCCGAAGUGACGCAGAUGGUUGGUGCAGUUCCAAGCAUGGAGCACAGGGAGGAGACUUACGAUCCUUUGGCAAUACCCUCUGCUGAAAAGCUGAACGCUCAAUAUCUCGCGGUCCAUGGCAAUGCCAUGUUGGGGAGGCAUCUGUGGCUGAAGACCACAUUGCCUUGAGCAACCAGAUAACUGCAUACGUCUGAAUCCAUCGAACGCUCACUUCUCCUAAUAGCAAGAAUUUUCCUUGGAGCUGUUUCAAGAAUAUCAAACUAGCAUUGAAUCGCAUUUGUGCGCGAUGCCUGAGAGCUAAUUUCGAGAGCCAUGUACCUGUUUGCUGCUUAGGGCCUUACCGUAAUGUCUGGAUAAGUCGAAUGCCCCAAGCUCUGGAAAACCAUGUAUCUCAAAUCCUAGAAGUCGUGCUAUGUUCUGCAUAUUUAAAUCUUUGGUUAGUAAUAACUGGGUUCAUAUUUUCUGCCCGUUUA